GUCAAGGUCGAAGACUUCCAAGUUGACAAACUGGUGACAUUCUUCGAUCAAUACUUCACCGACAUCAGCAACGCUGUUACCGUCGACGAGAAAGAAUUCCAACAGAAAUCUUUUGAAGUUUACGCCCGUCAAUUCCGUCUGAACCACAAACCAUACAACUACAAGAUCCAAGUUUCCAGCGACAAGUCUGUAGAUGCUUUGGUCAAGUUGUUCAUUGGACCCAAAUACGACGAAUUCGGUCACGAAGUCGAGAUGAAGCACAACUACAUGAACUUCUUCGAAUUGGACAGGUUCAAGUAUACCCUGAAAUCCGGAAAGAACGUCAUCGAGCGCAACUCGCACGAGAACAAAUUCUUCAACCAAGAGCAUUUCACUUUCAAGACUUUGUACAACCAAGUUGAAAAGGCUUUGACCGGAGGAGAAACUUUCAAGUACCAAUUACCACAGGAAUACUACACCUUCCCACAAAGGCUUAUGCUUCCAAGGGGUGAUGUUUCUGGAAAAACUUUCCAAUUCUUCGUUGUCGUCUCCCAAUACGAACAACCCAAAUCUGAUGCUUUCUGCCAUUUCUUAGUCGACACUCACUACUCCAUGAGCUACCCAUUGGACAGACCAAUCGAAUUCGAAAGCGAAUUCUGGGUUCCUAACUUCUUCUGCAAGGAUGUAAAGGUCUACCACGAAGAGCUCAUCAACGAGAAAGAAUUUACCUACAAGAAAUUUUAAUUGAUUAUUAAACUGCAAUGAAUAUGACAAUA